AGAAAACUUUAUCACAAAAUGGAAGCAACAAAAAUAUGUAGGUUGGUUAAGUGCAUAAAUCGGUUCAAGAGGGCAAUAUUAUUUAACCAUGGAGUAAAUAGAUGUUUUUCUGAUGUAAACUUUAUUGAUAAAGAACAGAUUUCAAGAUGUGAACUCCUAUAAUGGAUGCCUUACAACAGUAUAAUUCUGACUCUGAUGAAAGUAACAGUGACACAACUUAUCAGGAAGACAAAGGAAGUAAUAUGUAUUUAGAUUUCUUUGGUCUUAAACCGGAAUCCCACACUUAUUUUCAGAAAAGGAUCAGUUCAUGUGAACAGGACAUGGGCAGAUCAACAUCAGUUAACAUAGGACAUAUACCUGUCAUUGUAGAAAUUCCAGGGACAUCAUUUUGGGAAGAAACACAACUUUCAGAUAUACAGAUAUUAGAACAAACUGAUUCAAUAGGCAGAAAGCCUAAACCAGUUACAUGUAAUUUGGAAAAAAAUGAGGAAAGACUGAGGCCUUAUGACAAGUGUCUUUCAUUAAAUGCAAGAAACAAAGCAAAAACAGAUAAAGACAGCCAUGCUUCAAAACAUACAGAUAUAGCACGAAAAUUAUACUAUGUUCACCCAAUAGUUUCCCCACACCUUCAUGGAAAGAAAUCAAGCUGUGUUGUUCCAUCGAGGUUGGAGUGGACUCAUCCAGGGCAUGCUGGUGCCUGUAACAGAUUGCAGUGGAACAUUGCAGCCUACAGCCACCUGCUGGUGUCUGUCUCCAUGGAUACGUCAGUCAAGGUCUGGAACACAUGGAGCCAGCUGGAUGCCUGCGUGAGACACCUACGUAUCCAUGACAAGGCUGUGAAAGAUGUGCACUGGAACAGUGAGGGGAGGCAGCUCCUGACAGCAAGCUACGACCGCACAGCUGCAAUAACAGACGUCGAGACAGGCACAGCAGUGAACAGGUUUCAUCACCCAGGUUUUGUUACAUGUGCAAGGUUCCAUCCAGUGGAGGGCAGACACUUUGUGACUGGUACAAACAAUGUCAUCAUGCGAUGGGAUGUCCGCACUCCUUCUCAACCAGUACAGACUUACAAAUACAAGGAUAACAUCGGACAGAUUGGAGACAUAGUGUUCAAUAUGGAGGGUUCAGUGAUGUUUAGCUGCUCGGAUCUUGUGUGUCGAGACUCUGCUGACCGGAACCUCAUGGCAUUUGAAGUCAAGUCUGGGGUUACCCUGUCCAACCAGAUCUAUCAGGAGCGCUACACAUUGACUCGUCUUCGAGUGAGCCCAAUGGACCACCAGCUACUAGCCCAGUCACAGGGGAACUACAUUGCCCUGUUCUCCAUGGACAGGCCCUACAAAAUGAACAAACACAGGCGAUUUGAGGGACACAUGGUUCAGGGAUACAGUGUUGGGUUUGACCUCAGCUGUGACGGCAGUCUGGUUUACAGUGGCAGCUCAGAUGGAAACAUUCACAGCUACAAUUACAAGUCUGGCAGACGUUGUAAAGAGAUUACUACUGGUCUGGAUGUUGUGAUGGAUGUUGCUUGUCACCCAGUCCUGCCUUCAACACUGGCUGCCUGUGCCUGGGAUGGCACUGUCCAAGUCUGGACAUGAGCUUAAUGCAUAAGUCCGCCUUCAACACUGGCUGCUUGUGCCUAUAUAUAUAUAUAUAAUGAAAACAGACCUGUGGUUGAUUAUAAUUGGUACCACUUUUAUGAUGAAAAUGGAGUUCAUUUCAUGCCAGAAAAAUGGCAGAUUCUUUUUGCUGUCUCUGAUUAUGUUUGCUAAAUCGUAAUGUGUCAAGGUUAAAUAUUUGAUAUAAACUAUUGAAUAUUUCUUACCUAUUUAAGAGCCCUUAUUUAUUAAAUGAAGCUUGUGAAUUGUCAGUUAUCUUGUUUAUCAGUCACAUUGCAUGAAUUGCUACUUCGUAAUUAUUAACUUGUACAUUAAUGUAUUAAAAAGAUUAAUGUAACAUGUGCAAUAUUUGCUUUGUUUGUAUGCUGCAUUUCUUUCAUAAAAUAGAAACGAUUAAACAAGUUAUAUGAAAUUACAAA